UCGCAAAUCAGAGCGGAGAGGAGAAGCAGGAGGCAGGCGGGGGGAGAGGAGCGGAUAAUUCGGAUAAUUUCCAAAGGGAAAGCGGGCUGGGAUGACAUGGGUUUUGCAGACCGCGCUGCUGAGAUUCCCAGAAACCGCUGCUCUUUACGCCGGCUGGGGCUGUAUCUAUUGCAAUGGGCGAACUGCGCAGCGCUGAUCGGCCGGCAGACGCCGUUUUGUUGAGUGGGAACUUGGCGUCUUGUUGGGACUCAGUCCAGCGGUAAUUGCUUGCGAAGGGCGACCAGCCAUGAGGGCGUUUGCGGCCAACCUGCUCGCCCUGCUUUUUCUGUGCACUUGUGCCUCCGUCCUCUACAUCUGGACCGGACUCGAGGACGGGACGGGGCGCUACAGACGGGGUGCCCGGACGCAUGGGGCAGCUUCGGCUCCGGCCGGCUCGCCUCCGGAUCGCUCGCUCAAAACUUUCCGUGCACUCCUGGCUGUGCCUCCGGUACUGGGCAUCCUCAACCAUAGUAUCGUCGAGGAGCGGACCGACACCUCCGGGAAAAGAAAGUCCAACCUGGAUUUAAAUAAAGGGACGGCCAUCGCGACACCGCUGAAUCCCAAGCUGGAGGAGCUUGUGGAGGACGGGGUGUUUUGGAGCGAGCGGCUGGAGGCUCUGUUGCCGCAGGCUUUCAGCGGAGAGCAUGCCCGGACUUGGAUCGAGACAGCCCGGGUCAGCGAGGUGGUUUCACUGGAGCCUGGCUGUGGCAGGACAUCAAACCGGCUGGCCACCUUCUCGGACGGCUCCCGGGCUUGCGUGCGGUACGGGAUAAACGAGGAUCAGGUGCAAGGAGAGACCCUGUCUUAUUACCUCGCCAGCUUGCUGGGCAUGACGAGCCUGCCGCCCAUCACCCUCUCCCAGCUCAGCCCCGACAGCCCGCAGUGGGCGGCGGUGACGGAGAGCAUCGGCGACUUGCAGUGGUCCUGGAAAGCGGUUGUUUCGCUCACCGAGUGGGUCUCUAACCUGACGGGGGUCGUCACUCCCGCGCCUCUCCGGCAUGACGGCAAGGGUUUGCACCCCGUCCGGGAGCAGCUGGCUAACAAGACGCUGGGGGAGCUGCUGGAGCUGGUGCAAUGGACCGAUCUCAUAGUCUUCGACUAUCUUACGGCUAACUUCGACAGGCUGGUGAGCAACCUGUUCAGCCUGCAGUGGGACCCGCGGGUUAUGGAGCGGGACACCAGCAACCUGCAGAGGACGCCGGGCGGCGCCCUGGUGCUCAUCGACAACGAGGCCGGACUGGUGCACGGCUACCGGGUGCUCCAGAUGUGGGAGAGGUACCACGACGAGCUGCUGGGCUCCGUGUGCCUGUUCAGGAAGCGCACGGCGCACCGCGUCCUGCAGCUACACCGUCUCCGGGACGCAGCCGUCCGUCUGCGGGAGCUCUACCGGCUCCGUGAGCCCCUGGCCCCCGAGUUGGGCUUCCUCUCCGAAGAGCAUGCGACCAUCCUGCAAACAAGGAUGGACCGAUUGCAUAGACACAUAUUACACUGCAAGGAGCGGUAUAGUCGAUUAUGAAAAACGAAAAACUUGCAUCCCAGAUAAAAUGCCGAAGAGAGAAACUUAAUAUUCCCAAAAUAAUCCGAGCUUGUUAAACACACCCGUAUGAGAUUUCAUUUCACCUCAAGAUUAAUCCUAUCACCUACCUCUCAUGAACAAAAUAAGUGGUUUGCCGUCAUUUUAAAACAUUCCUUAAUUUAAAUCCGUUCUGGAGCUAAAUUGUUUGGGCUCUUAAUGCCGUUUUAAUUAAGCCUUAAAAUGAGUUUAAUUAUAUGCAGACUGCAAGCACCGAGGUCACAUGUCGGCUGGUGAGGUUGUGUGCAGAUGUAAAUGACUGGAUGGGCAGAGCACAGAUGUGGAUGACAAUGGGUUAGUCUGUAUUACAUGGAGACAAAGGGACUCUUAGAUUUACAAGAGAUCAACAGUAGCCUUAUAAUGUCAUUUCCAUGGGUUUCUAUGGUUAAAGCCUUAUGUGAAAUAUGUGGAUGUAAUGUCUGCAGACACAGAGGGGCCUUAAUCCACAGGUCUGAUAGGGGAGGGGGGAAAAGCAUUGGAUUUAUUGGGAUUUUUGGGUGGUGAGGAAUCCUGUUAUCCACUGUCUGCAGUUAGAGAUGGCAGCCAAAACCAAAAUUUUACCUUUUGAGUAAUAUGAUUGUAUUUUCAGCCUUAAGAUAUACAGUUUGUAGGAAGCUGGUGUUUUGUGAAUGGAGUUAAGUACAUAUUUGGAGGGGGGGGGCAGGGUUACGGCAAUAUUUGGUAACAUUCCCAAUAGGCUAUCUUUUGUAUGGCACAAGUGUUUUAUGUUUUCUGCUGUAAUAUACUGUGGAGAUUUAGGUGGUGUGUUUUUCAGUCUGUUCACAUUUUACCACAGAUUUGACUGGUCAUUUAUUUACAGCGAGUCCUGGCAACUUGGACUGGUGCGAGCGAGAAUGUGAGCCCCCUCCGCUGGGCGGCACAUUGUGCAUUGAUAAAUAACUGCUGGUGUUUUACUGUAGCCUGGAAACCUUGGGGGCUCAUUUAACGUCUCUCCUCGGCCGGAGUUUAACCACAUGUCAGCGCUGAGGCUGAUUAUCCGCCGAAUCUCCGAGAAGGCAAAACGGGGCUCUAAAAAUAACUCGACGUCAUAAUUCGCUGUUGUUCUGUUUUUUUUUCAGGUUAAAAUAAUUUUUGAAAGCAAUAUGAGUGAAACAGCCCGCACUGAUUUUUUUUUGUUAUAUAUAUGUAUUUUUUUUUUGUUGGAUGGGGUAAUUCUGAGGGGGUGCUUUCAUUUAGAGCUUUAUCAUUGCCAGUUGUGGAUUAGAGUGCUUCCCUCCACCCUGUGUGGGUUGAAAGCCAACCCCCCCCCCCCCCCCCCCCCGUUCUGUUCAUUGUCCUCCUGUGGGAGAAUAAGGCGGAUGAUUCCUGCUGUUGCCAGUCUUAGGACACCGCGCUUUUCAUUUAAUCUUGCUGCUUAAUCUCAAUCUGCAGAGUGCUCGGCCCAUGUUACUGCCGUUUGUCGUGUUAUCCGGGAGCGGAAACCGGCCCUUUGGGACAGCAGGCCGGGGGUUACGAUGCCGCUGCAUCUUAUGACACUCGAACGCCCUCUCCUUGAUAACUCUGGGGUAAUUUGGCAUGGGGUACGCGCCGCUUCCACCCGCUCCGGGCAAUUUUCCCCUUGGAAGGGGCGUCGUUGAGGAAGUUCUUGUUUUCGCAGGCGGGGCUGAGAACGCCGCGCUCUCUGAGUAACGGGCUGUUUUGCAUUUAAAUGCUGAGAGUUUUCCUGGCGCGUCCCGUCAUCCACUUGCGAUUCACGGUCGAGCACCGUUGCUAAUUCCACUGAGUUGUGGUGUGAGCCUUCCGAACAGAGGAGGCACCAGAAGCGUGUUUCGACACUGCGGAAGAGGAAAGCAUGACAAUAGGCUGUGCCACCAGGGUCAGCAGUAUCCCAUCAUGCCCUGUGUGCUGCUGUCUGUUUAGGGAGCCAUCUCUGUUUUUGAUUGGAGUCUGGGACUCAUCUGGGGUCACCUGGCACCAGAGGUAAACGGCAGGGGCGACAGCGAUUGCGAUCGAUGUGGGGUGUUAUUCUCCCUACACAACAUGGCGUUUCUGGUGAGCAGAAAUGUGUGUGUGGUGGGGGGGGGGCUGAUAUUCUGUGCUGCAUUUAGUGCCCAAAGACAUUCACUGCUGAUGACAGCUGCAAAUUAUUUAUGACUUAAACCAGGCUUUCAUAAUUUGUGGGGAGUGGGUGGGGUACGUCAGCUUGUCCCACCUCCUCUUAUGGUUCUAUUUUUAAGGAAAAUUGGAUUUUCUUUUUUAAUUGAAUGCUGUUUUUAGGCUCCCCGCUGAUUCUAUAAGGGCCACCAUCAGGCCUGAUUUACGCCGAUCGGAGAUAUCAAAGGCAUACCGUCCUCAGCCUGAGGUUUCCCCAUACCCUCCCGCUUAGCUCUUGGCUUCCAGCAGGGGCCUAAAUAUCUGUCUGGGCCUCAUUAACCCCCUGCCUGAAAUGGGGGGGGCUUUGUCACAGUUACAGCCUGGGAUGGACACCUGGUCCACUCUUUGUAGUUAAUGACUAGAGAAGCAGGGCCUUCCUGUUUGUAAACGCUUCAGUCCUGCCCCCACCGUGUGCCGCCAGCCAGCCCAGCACGACUCCCAAGUGGCGCGUUAUUUAAUCAGGACGAUGAGCCAGAAUGGGCUCCGGAAGAUUUGCACGCCGGGAGCCGCUUUCGGAAGCACCGUCUGCGAGGGCAGGCAGCUUCCGUCGUUUCUGGUGGGUCUCUCCUCUCGUGGAAGUUUCAUUUACCUGCCAAGCACUGCUUUCCUGUCCGUUUUAACGUCAGAGCUGAAAAGCACAGGCUCCCCGGCCAUGGUGAGGGCGUCUCGCUGAAGUCACUGGGGAAACUGCAGCGCGGUUCAUUCAUCAGUCUCUAAGAGGCAGCGCUUUUAGGCGCGCGGGGGCGUCGCUGAAAUGUUUAGGGCUCUGCAAAAGCCUUGUGUCCGAGCGAAUCUGUUAUAUAGCACAUUCCAGGGAAGGAGGACAUGCCGACAAGCAGGGAGUAGGUGCCACAGUGGGAUUCUGCGAUGUUUGUGUCUGUGGAAAGUGGGAGGCAACGGAGCAAAGUUCUUUAUCCCCUGCUAACUAUAGGAACAAGAGUGUCAUCAUUAUCCUAGGAUCCAUGUUUAUUGGACUGCUGUUGAAGAGAGAGAGAGUGUGUGUGUCUGUGUGUGUGAGAGAGAGAGGGAGGGAGAGUUUAUAUUUCUAUUAAAAAACAGUCCUGCUGUUAGAAAUGGCGUGAAGCUGGUUUUUCACUUUGCUGUACUAUGCUCUCUGUAAUAUACAACAAAAGAUGUCAUUAAUGUUUGUUUUUGUUAACUAAAAAAAGUAUAAGUGCGCACUUUAUUUUGCUUUUUUUAUAUAAAUGAUUUGUUCCUGUGUUUUUACAAAAUGUAUUUGGCUGACAAAUGUCAAUAAAGAUACAUGUUUAAAAAAAAACA